ACAGCAGCCCAGGCCUGAGUAUAUGGGAAUGGCUCUUAGGUCUCCUAGCCCAAGGGUUUGCUGUGUCUGCUCACUGCAGGGUUUGACCCCUGAACUGUGUGAAUUCCACCCUUGGAACACGGUUAUCUGAGGGGAGGGGAGGCAGUGAGGGGUAAAAUGGUGGGGAAAAAAAAGGUACAGAGGCCUUUAUCAGCCACUAGAAUCCGGGAGUUGACAGUGUUGGUAGCAUUGACUUAGGCUGUCCAGCCAUGAGGAAGCCAGGCUGCCUUCCAGGGAGUGGGGACUGACCGGAGAGUGCAUGCUCACUAGAAAGGUGUGGUCAAUAGAAUAGCCCCUUCUAGAACCCUUGGCCCUGAACUUCUAGAACCCAGGCAGCCCAGCCUGGACUGCUGUCUACUUCCCUGCCCUCCUCUUGUCUGGCAACUCUUGUUCCUUCCUGAACUGCCACCCUGGAAUUGUCUCGGGUCCCCAAGGAACAGACCAGUGGCUUCUCCACGUCUGCCAUUGCCCAGCACUUCUGGUUCUGGGCUCUAGGUAUCUACUCUACUGAGCGUCACUUAGCCAGGAGGCUCAAGCACAACAGCUUCUACCCCUUCCAGCAGCAGCAGCAGGAUGGUAGGCAGGGGACUGGGCAUGGCCAGGCUCCUAGAAGUGGAGAGGCUGGCUGAGGCCUGGAUGGGUGAGGGUAGGCACUGUAGUAGCAUGGAGAACCUCCACUGGGUGGGCUCUUUCCCCCAAAUCCCUGGUACCGUCCAACGCCUGGGGGCAGCUCCUGGCUGUCCUCAUGUGCCGGAUCAUGCUGUCCUCAGUCUUUGUGCUAGAGUACUUCCUGGACACGCUCUGGAAGGGGAUGCUGCUCUUCAUCUUCUGCCUUGUCUUGGUCUGCACUGGUACCCUGAAACAGGUAGAGAAGCAGGAGACCUGGUGUUUUCCUGCCUAUGGCAUGGCUAUCGGCCUGUGGCUCAUGAUCUCCUCAUUGCCCCGGCGCCGCCUAGUGCUGAACCACACCCGUGGCAUGUACCAUUUCUCCAUCAGCGGCCGAACUGUAUGUCAGGGGCCAAUGCAUCUGGUCUACGUGCGCCUGACACUCAGCUCUGAUGCCUAUGGCAGGUGCUUCUUCCAGCUGGUCCUUUGUGGCCACAAGCUAGAGCCGCUUGUCCUGGUACAGCUGUCAGAGCGCUAUGAGCAAAUGGAAUUCCUGGGCCGGCACAUUGCCCGGAAACUCAACAUCAACUACUUUGACUACCUGGCUGCCUCCUACCGUCACGUGGUCCGCCACUGGCCAUUGGGGGCCACCUUUAACCCUGGCAUUGUGCAGCGAAAAGCACAGGCCUACACCAAGUCAAGUGUCACCGACCUGGAUGUUUAACCCUGGGGCCUGAACCCCAACCUCCUUUUCCUGACACUGUCCUUAUCCCCAUCCUGGAGGGACGACCAGCCAGCCCCACCUACGAGCCUUCCUCUUACUAAAGCUGCUUCAGUCUCCAGCCA